AUGCCAGUGACUACCGUUCUUCUCCUCCGACACGGCCACCGCCUGGCCUGGACCCUUGACCCCUCCACCGGCAAAUACACCUCCACACACCCGUACCCCACGCGUCUCCCCGCGGAUCCGCCCCUCGCAUCCCACGGCGUUCGGCAAGCUGAAGAGACGGGGACCUACCUUUCGAAGGAGUUGCUGCCACUGGCACGCGAAGGACAGCUAAGAGUGUACUCGAGCCUAUUCUAUCGCUGCUUAGAAACGCUGCGGCCAACGAUCGAAGGCCUCAACGCGGAGCUACCAGACGAAAAGAAGAUCAAAGUGCGGGGCGAGCGCGGUCUAGGCGAGUGGUUCGGGAAGGCUUGGUUUGAUCAGCCGGUGCCAGCCACGGCGGCGAGGCUCAAAGAGGGCUGGUUCCCGUGGGUUGAUGAGGGAUAUGCGAGUGUGCUGGUGCCGGAGCGGAAGGGUGAGAGGAUCGUGCAACUGCAUGAGCGGGUGAAGGAGGCGUUGGAUUUGGUGGUCCGGUCGGUGGAUGCAGAAGAUGAGAUGGAUGUUACGGUACUAAUAUGCGGGCAUGCGGCGCAGAUUAUUGCAAGUGGGAGAGCGUUGACCGGUCAGACGCCGGAUGAUUUGGACGACGAUGAUUUCAAGUGCUACACAUGUGGCAUUUCGCGGUUUGAGAGAAAGAAUGGUGGAGAAGGCGUGGGAGGCGGAUUUGAGUGUACCUUGAACUCGGACUGUGCACAUCUAUCGCAAGGGGCGGAACGGGGUUGGCAUUUCAACGGCGACGAGAGCUUUGACUCCUACGCGGCGUGCCAGGGUAGAGGACCAGAGGUACACGGUGGGAGCAGAGAGGCGGAAGCGUCAAAGCUGUGA